AUUGAAGAAUACCCAGGCCACAACAGCACCAUACAGGGGGCACUGGAGGGCCUGGUGGUGUGGGACUCGGUCUUCUUCCACCGCAUCGCGCUCUGUGGAUACGAGUUUGAGCAAGCCUACGCCUUCUUCCCCCUCCUGCCCUUGCUAAUAAGGCUACUCACCACUGCCACUCCCUUCCGACUGCUGCUCCCCGUUCUCGGUGCUCGAGCCACCUUCGCCCUAGUCGGUCUACUCCUGUCUAACGCUGCGUUCGUUGCUGCUGCUUACUGUCUCUUCAGGCUGACUGCGUGUGUACUCGCUGACACACGCCUGGCCCUCCUCUCCUCCCUCCUCUUCUGCCUCACACCAGCCUCCACCUUCUACUCUGCCAUCUACUCUGAGAGCCUGUUCGCCCUGCUGUCGUUUGCGGCCAUGUGGCGCAUUAUAAGUGGUCGAUGGGUCUCCGCAUCCCUCCUGAUCGCCCUCUCAGCAGCUGCUCGCUCCAACGGCGUCCUGCACUCGGGCUUCUUCCUCUUCUCCCUGCUGCAGGCAGUGGGCCCUUUCCUCCUGCGAGUGCUGCCACAGAAGCUGCUGCACUUGCUGGUGCACCCAUUUCAGAAGCCCACCGAGAGGCAGAGAGACGUUGGGUCGCUAUUGGAAAGCAAGCGGCAACUGUUUCGCACCAGCCAGGUCCUCCCCAUCCUCUUCUCCACAGCCAUCUGCUGCCUCCUCUCCUUCUCCCUCUUCCUCUCCUUCCAAGCCUUCGCUGUCUCUCAGUUCUGCAUCCCCAACAGCCCCACCGCUGCCACCAUGCCCACGAACCGCGCUGUCCCUCCCUGGUGCUUGGACUGGGUUCCGUACGUGUACGGCUACGUGCAGCGCAAGUACUGGGACGUGGGUUUUCUCCGCUACUUUCAGCUGAAACAACUCCCCAACUUCCUUCUAGCAGCACCGACUCUCCUCCUCUCCCUCACUGCCCUCCUCUCCUUCGCUCUCACCCGCCCCUCCUCUUCCUCUCCCUCGGCCUCCUCUCCUCUCCCCCCGACCACCGCCGCCUCCUCUUUCUCCGGCCAAUGCCCGCAGGAAAGGGGGACGGGGGAGCGGAUAAGGGGAGGGGGGAGGGUAGCGGGAAGGGGAAGGGGAAGGAUAAGGGGAAGGGGAAAGAGAGGGAGAAGGGGAAGGAGAAGGGGAAGGGGGAACGGGGAGGUAGAAGAGAGGAGGGAGAGCAGGAGAGUGCGGCGGUAGUGGAAGAAGCGGAGGAAGGGGAGGCGGAAUGGGGAGGGGUUGACCCUAUGUGUGGAUGCACGGGGUUCUAUUCUGCUGCUGCUCUGCCAUUCCUUCUACAGCUGCUGUUCACGACAGCUGUUGCGACUCUAGUCAUGCACGUGCAGGUUGCUACUCGCUUUCUGUCCUCCUCACCUCCUCUCUACUGGUUCCUGGCCCAUCUUCUCACCACUGCAACUACGAAGCAAUCCCAGCCUGGAAGGCUCUCGUUGGUCAAGGGGAGUCAAAGAUGGGGAUUUUUUAUUUCAAGGGCAUGGAUUGGUGCAUCGCUAGGGUAUGCAAUGAUUGGUUCCUUGCUUUUCAUCAAUUUCUAUCCCUUCACCUGAGUUACUGUAGUUAUCUGUAAGCAAGCUUCUUUCUUGCAUGACAGUAAUGUACCACAUGCGAUUUUGGUGCACUGAUGGAAACAAGUUGCGUUGACAUGAG